UUCGAAGGAAGAAAAAACAUAACCUGAAGAGCAGUGUUAUUGUGUAAAUAAAAAAUUGUAUUCGCUUGAAUCUAAAGAAAAACUCAAAAUUGUUGUAUAAAAUGAUUGAUUUCAACUAAUUUAUAAUGGCCACUAUAAAACCUGGAAGUCAAAAUACUCGUAAAAAAGUUCAAGUUUCAAUGGUAAUAUGCGAAGCCGAAGAAAAAAGACAUAGAUCAGGGGUAAAUGCCUUGCAGCUAGAUCCAGCAUUAGACCGUUUAUACUCUGCUGGCAGAGAUUCAAUUAUAAGGGUCUAUGAACAUGAGAGGUUUCUUCAUGGAAUGGAACACCAUACUGACUGGGUCAAUGAUAUUGUGUUAUGCUGUGGUGGAAGACAUUUGAUUUCUGCAAGUUCAGAUACCACAGUAAAAGUAUGGAAUGCUCAUAAAGGAUUUUGUAUGUCCACCCUAAGAACACAUAAAGAUUAUGUGAAAGCAUUAGCUUAUGCAAAAGAUAGAGAACAAGUGGCUUCCGCAGGUUUAGAUAAAUCUAUUUAUCUAUGGGAUAUUAAUACUUUAACAGCUCUUACAGCUAGCAAUAAUACUGUAACUACUUCUAGUUUGAUGGGUAGCAAAGAGUCAAUUUAUAGUUUAGCGAUGAAUCCAUCAGGAAGCAUAAUAGUAAGUGGCUCAACAGAGAAAGCUCUAAGGCUUUGGGAUCCUAGAACUUGUGCCAAAUUGUUAAAACUAAAAGGCCAUCAAGACAAUGUAAAGGCUUUAGUUGUUUCAAGAGAUGGAACUCAAUGUGUGUCAGGUAGUAGUGAUGGGUCAAUUAGAUUGUGGAAUUUAGGAUCCCAGAGAUGUGUGCAGACAAUCCUAGUUCAUACUGAUUCUGUAUGGGCUUUAUUAGCAACAGAAAGUUUCAGUCAUGUUAUAUCUGGAGGAAGAGAUAAAAAGGUGAUAAUGACAGACUUAAAAAAUACCACUCACAGUAUUACAGUUUGUGUAGAAGAUGCUCCAAUUUUAAAAAUGUGUUUUACUGCUGACCAUCUAGCUGUGUGGGUUUCUACUUCCGAUUCUAGUAUUAGAUGUUGGAAAUUACCAACAGACAAACAUUUUAAAGAAGAUCUUCGGAUGCCAACAACUCCUAUAUCUUUAAUACCUGGUGGUGCUGCUAUUAGACAAGCAGUUGUUCUAAAUGAUAAAAGACACAUUUUAACUAAAGAUGCUCACGAUAAUGUGGCUAUUUAUGAUGUCCUUAGGGCUAAAAAAGUAGAAGAUUUAGGUCAAGUUAAUUUUCAAGAGGAAGAGAAAAAGCGUUUUAAAAUGGUUUAUGUGCCUAACUGGUUUAAUAUCGAUCUGAAAACGGGAAUGUUGACUAUUCACUUAGGUCAGGAUGAGGUAGAUUGUUUCUCAGCGUGGGUGUCGGCCAGAGAUGCUGGAAUAAGAGACACUCCAGAGCCAGACCAUAAAGUAAAUUAUGGAAAACUAUUGCUUCAAGCCCUCUUUGAACAUUGGAGAGGUGUUGAGACUGACCCAGAAAAUAGGCUGUAUUUUAGUGUUCCUAAACAUAUACCACUAAUUUUAAGUGAGGUUGGAGGAAGAACUCUUUACAGAGUACUAGUAGGAGAUACAUCUGGUGAUACAGAAAACGCCCUGUUGAGUGAAACUGUUCCAUCCUGGGUUAUAUCUAAUAUAGAAGAAAAUUCUCAGAACAAAUUCAUAAAAGUUCAAUUUUAUCUUCAACCCCAUUCCAGUGUACCUUCACAUCUUUUAAAACAAGAUAGAUUGAAGAAGCCAGAUAGAUUAGUCGCAAAUGACUUUAUCCAGUGUCGGAAGGUUGCUGAACAUAUCUUAGAAAAACUCUUGGGUGAUGGAACUGCAAGUUCACCAGGUGGUGAUGCCGAUCCAUCAACUCCUUCCAAUAAUGGUUAUAACGUUGACCAAAUCGAAUUAACUUGUAACGAACAGGUGCUAGAUCCCUCGAUGGAUCUUAGAACAGUGAAACAUUUCAUAUGGAAAUCGUCCUCCGACUUAACAUUGUAUUAUAAAAUUAUAAAUAAAUAGGAUAUUUGUUUUCCAGUAAUUGUUGUAAAUAUAUUAGUUAUUGUUAUUUUUUAAGUUUUUAAACAAUAAUGAUCACUUUAAGUUCCCACGGUUCUCAAGAACAUUCUUUUUAUAUAAUCUGAAGGUUAUUUUUGUAUUUGUACACAAUGACAUGUCUAACCUAAGAAUAUUUAGUGUUGGAAUCGUAACAAGAAAUAUUUAUUGUAUAGUAAAGAUGUAAUCAAGUGAAAAAGUUUUAAUGAAGAUUUCAUAACCUCCAUAGUUAGCGAAUGAAUGUUAACAGAUCCAUUUACUAUUUUCAAAAGUAGAAAAACAUGUAAGCGUGACAUGAAAAUCUUGAUAGUAUAUUAUUUGUAGGUAACAGUAGGAUAAAAAAAAGAAUGAAUCGCAAGUCGGAAAACAUGGAAUUUGCAAAAGGGAUAAUACUGCCAAAGCGUGUAUUUUUAUCUGCUAAUAACUUGAAACUACAGUGAUUUAGCAU